GUUUUACACUGUACAUGGACCGAAGCUUUCAUACAUGUAGUUUUAUGGCACAACUGACAUAUGGGUACUUGUUUGUUGUAAAGUGCAUUGUAAUUCACAAUAACACGGUGCCAAAAGUGCAGUGCAUACAAAGGAAUACAUUGUACUUGACAGGACGAUUCAAUUACAAUAUAAAGUUAUAAGUCGACGAAGAAGUUGGGCAUGACGACUAAUAAUGAACAACAAGAAGGUGAACAAAAUGACCGUGAUGAGUACGACAAUCGAACAUUUAGAUACAAGUUGGUGAAGAAUAUAUUCCUCUUCUUAUCUCGAGUAUUUAUGGGGAUGUACCUUGAAAUAUCUGGUCCGACGCUGUUAGACCUAAGGGAUCGGGUCGGUGUUAAUUAUGAGGAAAUAUCUAGAGUCUUGGUUGCCAAAAGUGUUGGAUAUUUCAUAAGUUCCGUUUUUGGUGGAUUUCUUGUGGAUAAGUUAAAAGGACACGUGGACCUACUUAUUUCGUUGGGUUGUUUCAUGGGAGCUGUCGGUACUGCCAUUAUACCAUGGAGCCCAUCGAUGCCAUUUAUGGGAGUCAUGUUCCACCUUCAGGGACUUGGGGAGGGUAUAAUCGACGUUGGUGGAGAUAAUCUUGUAAUACGAAUGUGGGGUGACAAGGCUGCUGCUCCUAUACAUUCUCUUUAUUUCGCAUUCGUAGGUGGUGAACGGACAUUGUCAAAGUUUCUCUUUGCCUUUGCGACAGAUGGCCCAUUGAAGUUUACAAAGGAUAAUGCCACUAUAUUGAACACUGUAUUCUGGGCAAGCUUUACUGCUGGUAGAGGUUUAGCUAUGUUGGCUGCAAAAUUCGUUGGACCCAGAAUUCUUCUCAUUGUUGAGUUGAUUAUGAAUCUAAUCGUUGCCAUUGUCCUUCUCACGUUAGGUUACAGAUUUGCAAUUGUUAUGUGGAUCUUUACGGCGUUACAAGGUGCCUGUUUAGCGCCUCUUUUUCCAUCAGGUAUUGCGUGGCUCAAUAUUUACCUGAAAGUUACUGGAAUGGCAUUAGCAGUAUUUUACAUCGGAGCAUCCUUCGGUGGCAUGGCAUUUCAAUGGGUAACUGGAUACCUUUUUCAAAACUAUGGACCAAUGUCAUGGUUGUACAUUAUAUUAGUGUAUGCCAUCGCUGUCAAUAUUAUAUUUUGGGCCAUGCAGGUUAUCGCUUGGAAAUUCGGAACAGUCAUAAUUCGGAAAAAUUCACUGAAGGAAAUUGCAGCCAAUGAUAAACUGAACUAUCCUCUGUCAAAUCCCAGGAAGGAUGCAGAUUUAGGUGAUGAUGAUGAUGGCUGGAAGGAGGCGAUCAUUCAAACUGACCAUUGUCGUUUAUAA